AUGUUGUCGCCCAAGGCCCCCACAACCCCAAAACCCCUGGCACACUCAUUGGCUGUGGGGGCAACAUCGACCGGUCCGGCCCCCUUCCCAAUGUUGAAACUUUGUCUGAACAAAGCCCAGGCUCCUUUGCCAAGCAAGGCGCCAAGUGCUACUGCAACUGGUAGCCGUCCUUUAGUCAAGACGCCGGUGAAGCUUGAAGCGAGUCCAUUGAACAAGCGUAAGGCUCCUGGCUCUGCUCAGGCCAAUAGAGACCACGGCAGCAAGAAGCCAAAGUUGGAGGCCAAACCAACAGUUUGGCGCCCUGAGCCCAAGGCCUCGUCAAGCAACAACAUUAUUGACCUUAUAUCAGACAACAACGGUGAGUUUAUCAGCAGUUAUCUCAAGCAACAAGAAGAGGGAAACUUUGAGACCAUUGCGUACAUGCAAUCGGGUUGGAAGGUCCAACAGCUCAAGAAACAGCUGGCCAAAGCUCACCAGAAGAUACGCAAACUCAAGCUGAAGCUUAUCGAAUACAAGCUCAACAAGAAGGUUCAAGAGCGUGUUGAGGAAGCUCUUGCUCAACGCGCGCUGGCACCAACGGCUCCUGCUGGUUCAGCGCCAAUGCAGUAUUUGCAACUUCUGGUCGCAAAGACACGCAUAGUACCAUCAACAACCUAG